AUGACGACCGGGCUGGAUUUUCCUACUUCGAGCAACGCAGGCGCUCCAAGUAGCGCAUUCGGGGCCGAGAUCGACUCCUCGGAAGCGUCAUGGACGUCACAUUUCGACGACCUUGAAUCAGUGGCAACCAUGACGGCCACAUCAGGAACGGGCUCAGACCCCAUUAUUGCCUCUCCUGCACCGACCGACAACAUCUCUGUUGGGCAGCGGAUGAUUUCUGCGACAGCAGGGAACAUUCUGACGGGGCUGUUAGUCACACCGCUGGAUGUCGUUCGAGUUCGUCUGCAAUCACAAUCCCAAUUCAACAAGCUCUCUCCAUAUACCUCUCACACCACUCGGACUCUGAAGAACCUUCCUCCGAAUAUCGGGAUCACAGCUUGCUGUCGCGAAGUAUUUUGGGUCGGAGAUAAUGCGCAGAUGUGCAUGUUGGGUCCUAAUGCUACAGCGAUUGGGUCACAGGCACACGCAGGGUUCGACUGUGCUGUUGAAGAAUCGCAGCGACGAACAUUCACAUCGACUUUUGACGGAUUAAGAAAGAUUGCUAGGAAUGAAGGAUUCCUGACAUUAUGGCGAGGUCUCAGCCCAACUCUCAUGAUGGGCAUCCCAGCCAAUAUCAUCUAUUUUGCUGGCUACGAUUGGCUGCGCACAGAUGACCGAAGCCCGAUAAAAAUGGCCGUGUCGGAUGUCUGGGCGCCGUUCGUGGCAGGCGCAAUAGCACGGACGGCCGCCGCAUCGGCAACCAGUCCCGUCGAGAUGUUCAGAACGCGUCUCCAGGCCACGCCCGGGACAGGUGCCGGUCACUUCAAGGCGACCUUGGAGGGACUUUACCAAAUGACCCAGGCGAGAGGGUACGCCUCGCUCUGGCGCGGAUUGUCGCUCACUAUGUGGCGUGACGUACCCUUUUCGGGCCUCUACUGGUGGGGCUAUGAAGAGGUGAAGAAGGUUCUUGAGUCGGCGCAAAAGAAUGCCUCGCAUCUUUAUGGCUGCGAGCCGGAGACUCCCUCGAGCGCUACGGCAUUCCUUGAUAGCUUCAUUGCCGGCGCGAGUUCGGGCGCAGUCGCUGCAUUUGUGACCACCCCGUUUGACGUGGGUAAAACCCGACAACAAGUAUUUCGGCACAUGGACGACCAAGUCCCCGCUACGUCACCGCGUGCCCCGGUAUCCCCCAAAGCUGUCGUUCCCGAGCAGUUUCCUCUCCCGAAAUUCCUUCUUCAUAUCUUCCGCGAAGAAGGGAUGAACGGUCUCUUCCGCGGCUGGACAGCUCGCUGCCUAAAGGUUGCGCCCGCCUGCGCCAUCAUGAUCUCCACUUAUGAACUCGGGAAGCGUAUGGCGCGGGAGGUAAACGAACGACGACACUUGGAGAACUCCUAA